AUGUCGUCCAAGUCCCGCAAGAAGGUCCUGCUGAUGGGCAAGUCAGGCUCAGGGAAGACGUCAAUGCGUGCCAUCAUCUUCAAGUCGCAGUUGGCGGCCGACACCAGGCGACUCGGCGCGACCAUUGAUGUCGAGAGCAGCCAGAUCAAGUUCCUGGGUGGAUUGCGGCUGGACUUGUGGGACUGCGGUGGACAGGACUCCUUCAUAGACUCGCACCUGACGGCGCAGUCCUCGACUGUGUUCCGCUCCGUCCAUUCCCUCAUCUACAUCUUCGACGCCGAGUCCCCUGAACUCCUCACCUCCGACACCGCCUACUUCCUCAAGUGUCUCCGAACCUUGCGCGACCAGAACCCUGUGUCCACUUCGUCGAACGGUUCAGGCGAAGACGGUGGUCCGACGGUCUUUGUCCUGCUGCACAAGAUGGACCUGGUGCCGGUGGAUAUGCAAGCGAGCAAGUUGGCAGAGUUUGAGGCGGAAGUGACGAAGAAGGCGCGAGAGUCGGGGUAUCAGGGCGGGUUGCAGUUCUACGGGACGAGCAUCUGGAACGAGACGCUCUACAAGGCCUGGUCAAUUGUCAUGUCGCACCUCAUGCCCUCCCUUUCCUCCCUCCGAACGCAUCUCUCCCACUUCCUUUCCCUCUCCUCCGCCUCCGAAGUCGUUCUCUUCGAGCGGACCACCUUCCUCGUCAUCUCGUCGGUCACGAAUGAGCAAGAAGUGCACGACACGGAGUGGGACGAGCGGCGGUUCGAGCGGAUCAGCACGAUGGUCAAGGCGUUCAAGCUCGGGUGCUCCAAAAUCCGCUCGCCCUUCUCCUCGCUUGUCGUCUCGACGCAACAUUACACGGCAGUACUCGACUCGUUGACGCCGGAGACAUACAUCCUCGUCAUCGCGCGAGGGGAGAUUCAACCCGCCGCCAUCGAGCUCAACAUCCGUCUCGCCCGUCCGCACUUUGGCAAGCUCGAAGCCAUCGGAAUGGCGCGCUGA